GGCCUGGCGCUGGGAUGCGACUGGUUGCGGGCUCCCGGCGGCAGCGGCUCCUGUGAGUAGCGGCUACUGCAGCGCGGGCGGGCGGGCGAGGUCAGCGGACGCCGUCGGCGGCUGGCCGUCUCGGCCGCGGGAUGAGGAAGCGGACCGAGCCCGUCGCCUUGGAGCAUGAGCGCUGCGCCGCUUCGGGCUCGUCCUCCUCCGGCUCGGCUGCCGAGGCGCUGGACGCCGACUGCCGCCUGAAGCAGAACCUGCGCCUGGCGGGCAAGGGGCCGGCAGAGCCGCGCUGCGCCGCGGACGCGGGCAUGAAGCGGGCACUGGGCAGGCGAAAGGGCCUGUGGUUCCGACUGAGGAAGAUACUUCUCUGUGUUUUGGGUUUGUAUGUUGCCAUUCCAUUUCUCAUCAAACUAUGUCCUGGGAUACAGGCCAAACUGAUUUUCUUGAAUUUUGUGAGGGUUCCCUAUUUCAUUGACUUGAAAAAACCGCAGGAUCAAGGUUUGAAUCACACGUGUAAUUACUACCUCCAGCCAGAGGAAGACGUGACCAUUGGAGUCUGGCACACUGUCCCCGCUGUCUGGUGGAAGGAUGCCCAAGGAAAGGACCAGAUGUGGUACGAGGACGCCUUGGCUUCCAGCUGCCCUAUCAUCCUGUACCUGCAUGGGAAUGCAGGCACAAGAGGAGGUGACCACCGGGUGGAACUUUACAAGGUGCUGAGUUCCCUUGGUUACCACGUGGUCACCUUUGACUACAGAGGUUGGGGUGACUCAGUAGGAACGCCAUCAGAGCGAGGCAUGACGUAUGACGCACUUCAUGUUUUUGACUGGAUCAAAGCAAGAAGUGGAGACAACCCUGUGUAUAUUUGGGGUCAUUCCCUAGGCACUGGAGUGGCAACAAAUCUGGUGCGGCGCCUUUGUGAGCGAGAGACACCUCCAGAUGCCCUUAUAUUGGAAUCUCCAUUCACUAAUAUACGUGAAGAAGCUAAGAGCCAUCCGUUCUCAGUGAUAUAUCGCUAUUUUCCUGGGUUUGACUGGUUUUUCCUCGACCCCAUUACAAGCAGUGGAAUUAAAUUUGCAAAUGAUGAAAAUGUGAAGCACAUCUCCUGCUCGCUGCUCAUCCUGCACGCUGAGGACGACCCGGUCGUGCCCUUCCAGCUUGGCCGAAAGCUCUACAACAUUGCUGCUCCAUCCCGAAGCUUCCGAGACUUCAAAGUUCAGUUUAUCCCUUUUCACUCAGACCUCGGCUACAGGCACAAGUAUAUCUACAAGAGCCCUGAACUUCCACGGAUACUGCGGGAAUUCCUGGGGAAGUCAGAACCUGGGCGCCAGCACUGAGUCUUGCUGCCUGAAGGAGCAUGAAGACCUCUGCCCUCCUCCCCUUUGCUCCGGCCAGCCUGGCACCCUGGGGCCCAGGGCUGCCAGUGUUUUCAGUGCCCCCGGAGAGAGGACUUGGAUGCCAGCUGGGGCAGGCGGAGGAGGCCCGACAGACCUGGGGCACCUGCCUUGGGUGGCUGGGAGCUUGGAUCUCUGUGGAAAACACAGGUUGCAGGCAUGGGAUCCCCUCUCCCCUUUGUUGCCACUCAACCCGAGCUCUUGUUGGGAAGACAGUGACAGAGCAGGCCAGCUGGUGGCUGGUUGAUCCCACGCUUGCUGAGCUGGGCAUGGGGAGCCCGGGGCAGGAGGCGUGGGGUCUCGGGACCACACUGAGCUUUCCAGCACCACCCGUGAGACUGUGGCCAUAUCGGUUCUUCUGUCCCUUCCCGGCACACGCAGAAUGGACUGUAAUGGUUCCGUCAGCCCUUUGCACCCGGAGCACCCUGCUUGCCUACCUUGGCAGUCCCUGCCUCCCCGAGCGGGCCCCCACUGCUCACAGCGGGGGAGGUGCCCGUGACCUGCACUUCCUCCACUUUCUGCCCACCUGUCUGCCUAACCUGGCCUUAGACUGAGCAUUUAUUUAAGAAUAAAUUCGUGGUGGUGGUCUA